AUGGUAUUUGUAGUAAUAUUCUCGCUGAAAGGAGAAAAGCAAGCUAUACGUCAAUCAUUUGGAGCAUCAAAACCCUCUGUUAGUGCUGGGUUUUCUACCGAAAUCUCUCCAGGGUUUCUCCUUCUGACAGCACAUGAAGCUCAAUGCACCCUUCUGUCUAGAGAAGAUAGUAUUUCUGGUUGUACGCCAACUAAAGGUAAAACGAAUCCUUAUGAUCAGAGUCAGUUGAAUAAUUCUACAAUAAACUUUCAUGUUGUACGUCGAGAAUGUACAACUACGGAUAAAGGGAUGCUAAUAAAACUCGAUUUCCGAGAUUAUUUUGAACUGGAAGCUCCAAUGCCUACCAAUGACAAAGAACUGGAGUGUGCGUUUGAUUAUCUGGAGGUACGAGACGGGUACUACGGAUUUUCAACUCCGGUUGGGAAUUACUGUGAUAAAAAUUUCCCACCUGAAAUUACAUCCAGAUCCCGUUAUCUCUGGCUACAUUUUCAUAGUGACGAUACUAUCGAAUACAAAGGGUUCAAAGCCAUUUGGAGUCAAGUACCGCGGCCUACUUAUCUCGGAGUACCAGCCGAGCCGGAACCUUGCAUUAAAUACGUGACUGAACAAGCCGACGCAGAAAUUAACGACACCCUGAUUGGAGAGGAGAGAAAAAUAGCACAGAAAAACAAUGUGCCGUUGGACUGCUUGUGGAUCAUCAGGGCUAAAGAGAAAUGGCGGAUACAAAUGACAUUCGAGUAUUUUAAAUUGGAAAAACCAAACGACUGCGACGCAAAUUUUCUCUCUAUCUUCGACAAAAAAACAGAGAUGAACUCGCUGGUGAAAAAUUUCUGCGGCAGUAUUGCGGAAACAGUAAACACUAAAUCGAAUGUCAUGUAUAUGAGAUUUUACUUGGAAAUCAAAGCGAUCAAUAGCAGUUUCAAAUCCCUCAUGACUGCCAUUAGAGACAAGGAGCCGAAUGUCCAAUCGUGUGAAGAUGAUGAAUAUGAUUGUGAUGACGCAACGUGUAUCGCUGGACAUUUACGGUGCAAUAAGCGAGAAAACUGUCGCCUCAAAUGGGACGAAGAUGUAUCAAUCUGUGGGGUGAGUUAUUUUAUGAUUUUAAUAAAUAAUACAACCCUCCCUAGCAAAAGUUCAAUUGCCUUCGACUCAACUAGAAUUAUAAUAAUCCUUGUAAUAUUCUCGUUAAUAAUGUUUGGGAUGUGUUUUUCCUUCAUAUUCAAUUGCGUUCGUAAGCUCCAUCGUGAUCAUCGAAUAAUAAAAUUAAAAAGAGUUAAUACUCUGUUACAGGAGCAUAUUCGGAUGUCUCGGGAAAAUCGGCUGGAUGAAAUUGGUCGGAAAGCAACGCCGUGUCCUUUGUCCCAAUCUCAAACAGAUAUCCGUCAGCGUGAUAGCGAAUCACCGAGUCUGGAGAUAGAACCAAGCAAAGAGCUGGUAACAGGUGCAACACUGAUAGCCCACGACUACACUACUAAAGAACACGUCCUAGAAAUGAACUACGCCGGUGUCGAGAUAAACGAUAUUCAUCAGAGUAAUAACAUGAGUAACGCUACGCAAGAACGUUUACAGGAAUCCAACGAGGAGGAGCCAGAGAUGUGCGACAGUUCUUGUCAAACCCGUGAAAGCCUUUUUGAUCCUCGUAUAUCCGAUCCCCGAGUAUCUCCGGGUUUUUCGACCUUUGGGUACCGCAGCGGUAGCUCUCAAAACGGGGUAGGUACGUCUGCCUCUCGUAAGCCCUCACAAGGUCAGUUAUCUUCGCAAAGCCCCAAGCAAAGUCUCUCGAGUACUCCAAGAACACGUUUCGCGUCUGAGCCUUGCUCCAUUUGUAAUUCAGAUUCUCGAGGUCACGUUACAAACGGAAUUAUUUGUUCAAGACACAACACCCCGAUACCCGCUCCCCCAGGGUGGUCAUUUCACGAGCACGAAAGCUACUCCCCCCCGAUUCAGUCGACGGAACUAGCCGCAGAGUCCGAGUACCCGAGCUACCACAGAUACCAGAGUCCGAAACCAGAACGCGCACCACCUGGUUUCAAAGAACCGAUUCUCUCCAGACAGGCGACCAUAGGAUCUGGCGAGAGGUACGGAAGUCUCUAUGGGUCCGGUCGCGGUUCCUCCAAUCCAACCAAUAGCAGCUCUCAACACUCAGACACGCCGAAAUGCCCGCUCUCGGACCCGCGGUAUCGCGCAGAAGCGAUUAUUGAGAUUGACCAAAAGAGGCCUUUUAGCAUAGAAAGCACCAAAAGCGCCCCCGAUGUUAUUGCGACUCACUGA